AUGCACUCAUCUCCUGCGAAGAAGAAAAGACUCAGUAAGGCGGCAGGACCGUAUGAUGUCUCGCGUAUUGAACUCGGAGGAGACGACACAGGAUCAGUUCCUAUCUACGACUCGUGCCACGAAAUCCGCAAGGAAAUCAAGGCGUUCUUUCGAGAUGUUUCACCUAACGAAUCUGCAUUCUGUCGUGAAAGCGCCAAAACAUUUCCAGAUGGCAGACGAGUCCUUACGAAAACCCUUGACAAUUCCAUGAAGCAGAAAGAUCCACACGGCAAUCAGAGUCCUGCUUAUAAUGCUGCUUAUGUGUUCUUCGAGCAAACACGUAUCUAUGAUUGUGAAUCAAAAGUCAGGAUCAUGAAAACUCGGAAAAGAGUUUGGGCGCGGAGAGUAAAUAUUCCAAGUCGAUGUCACGUAUCUAUGGACCGGAUUUCAGAGGGGGGGCAUGUUGAGAAAAGUUCGCUUGAUAACAUGGGGAAGGGGGUAGAUCUUGGAAGUAUUGCUGUCGAUCAUGUGCAUUGUCGUCGAGGUUUGUAG